UUUGAAAUCCAACCAAAAAGACAAAAUUCAAAACCAAUAUAUAUUCAAUAAAAUAAAACCAAAAGAAUAAAAAAAAAAGAGAAAACCUUUUCGAGAAUUUCAAAAAUCAAAUUCACUUCCAAAGAGAGAGAAGAAGAAGAAGAAGAAGAAGAAGAAGCACAAGUCCAGAGAGAGAGAGAGAAGCUGCGAAAUUUCUUCAUCUAAUGACGGGGCUUGUGAUGAUGACUAAAGGCGGAGGUUGCGGCGGAGGAAAAGGAGGAAGGAGAAAAUCUACGGCGGAGGAAGAAGAAGAAGAAGAGCAGAAUCAGCAACAACUGUCUCUUGUCGAGUUUCUCUUAACGGCGCUGCGUAAAUCGGUAGUAUCUUGCCGUGUAGACAACAGACAAGACGACGGCGGAGGGAUUUCCUCCGCCGUUCAUCACAUGGAGAUUGGUUGGCCAACAAAUGUUCGACACAUCACUCAUGUAACAUUCGAUCGAUUCCAUGGCUUUCUUGGUCUCCCUCACGAGCUUCAAGUUGAGAUCCCAUGUCGAGUCCCUAGCGCAAGUGUGAGCGUGUUUGGUGUAUCGGCGGAAUCGAUGCAAUGUUCUUAUGACGAGAAAGGAAACAGUGUUCCAACUAUUCUAUUACUUAUGCAGGAGAGACUAUACUCUCAAGAAGGUCUCAAGGCUGAAGGAAUUUUCAGGAUAAACCCUGAGAAUAGUCAAGAGGAACAUGUAAGAGAUCAACUAAACAGAGGUAUUGUACCUGAGAAUAUUGAUGUGCAUUGUUUGGCUGGUCUUAUUAAAGCUUGGUUUAGAGAGUUACCUUGUGGAGUGCUUGACGGUCUUUCUCCUGAGGAAGUUCUCAAUUGCAACACCGAGGACGAAUCCGUUGAACUCAUUAAGCAGUUGAAGCCAACUGAGUCUGCUUUGCUUAAUUGGGCUGUUGAUCUUAUGGCUGAUGUUGUUGAAGAAGAAGAGUCUAACAAAAUGAAUGCAAGGAAUAUAGCCAUGGUUUUUGCUCCUAAUAUGACUCAGAUGACAGAUCCAUUAACGGCUCUUAUGCAUGCUGUUCAAGUGAUGAACUUGCUUAAGACUCUCAUCACAAAAACACUAGCUGAACGCGAAGAAACUGCUACCGGAUCAGAAGGAUAUUCUCCAUCCCACUCAUCCAAUUCCCAAACUGAUUCUGAUUCUGACAAUGCACAAGACAUGGAAGUCAGCGGUGAAUCACAAGGCACAGAUUCCGAAUGCGGAGAAGAAGAAGAAGAGGUAGAACAGCAACAAGAACAUCUCAGCCGCCACUCUACCCACGCAGAUGAACACGAUAUUGGAUCAUUAAGCUCAAUAGAGAAAUGCUUCUUGAGUCAGCUCAACAACAACGCUAGAGUUUCAAACACCAGUACCACUGAAGACUGGAGCCCUAAAGCAUCUCCGCUAGUAUCAUUCACAGAGAACAAAAACAACACUUUGAGCUCAAGCACAAGCGACUAAGAUGAAGAAGCAAUCAAUGAUCGUCUUAAAGCCUGAUCUGCGUUUCCCACGCUUUCACCGGUGACAAACUCAUUUUUAUGUAGCUUUACUUUGGUUUUCUGUUCAAUCUGCUGCAGAGAACAAACAAGAAGGAAGAAAACUGGUUGUGUCUGUAAAUCAAUACAGAGAUUAUUGUCCAAUUUGUUAGGGUCUUUAGGGAUUGUUGGUGAGAGGUCUGAUUUUAGGGUUCAAUAAGGGCUGAACCUGUCUGUGUUGACUGUUGUUGUAGUACCUCUUCAUGUUUGUGUCUGUCUGUUUGUGUUUGUUGUGAUGUUUGGUUUUGUAGCAAGAUAAUCUGAUAUUUCUCUUUGAUAUUUGAACAACACUGAA